CGCACCGCCCCGGAGGGUGCACGGCUCCGCGUGUCAAGGCCGGCGUCUGCCUCUUCGCGCAGUGCUGGGAGGCGGGCGUUCACCCUCCAGGCUUUCCGAUCCUUCCCAUCACAUUUCUGGAUAUUCUGUUGAACCUACUUAAAAAUUCAGAGAAACUGCUGGGUGACCACGGAAAGAAAGAUCUAAUCUUCACGCUUACGCAUAUUCCAUCCACUUCACCAGAAUAAUGUCCUACGUUUUUGUAAAUGAUUCGUCUCAGACUAAUGUGCCCUUGCUACAAGCCUGUAUUGAUGGAGACUUUAACUAUUCCAAGCGGCUUUUGGAAAGCGGCUUUGACCCAAAUAUUCGUGACAGCAGGGGCAGAACAGGCCUUCACCUCGCAGCAGCCAGAGGGAAUGUAGACAUCUGCCAGCUGUUGCAUAAAUUUGGUGCUGAUCUUCUGGCCACAGAUUAUCAAGGAAACACAGCUCUCCAUCUCUGUGGCCACGUGGAUACUAUUCAAUUCUUAGUUUCUAAUGGACUAAAAAUUGAUAUUUGCAAUCAUCAAGGUGCUACACCCUUGGUUCUGGCAAAGCGCAGAGGAGUGAAUAAAGAUGUCAUCCGAUUGCUAGAAUCUUUGGAAGAACAGGAGGUGAAAGGAUUUAACAGAGGAGCUCACUCAAAACUGGAGACCAUGCAGACAGCUGAGAGUGAAAGCGCCAUGGAAAGCCAUUCUCUCCUCAACCCCAACCUGCAGCAAGGGGAAGGAGUCCUGUCCAGCUUCCGAACCACAUGGCAGGAGUUUGUCGAGGAUCUGGGCUUCUGGAGGGUGUUGCUCUUGAUCUUUGUCAUCGCUUUGCUGUCUCUUGGCAUUGCCUACUAUGUGAGCGGGGUGCUCCCCUUCGUGGAGAACCAACCUGAGCUGGUGCAUUAAACAAGCUCAUGGGGGUGAGGCCAAUGCCUCUUUCCUGGCUUCUACUGUUUGCUCUGAGUUUCUCAAGUUUUCUCUUAGUGCAAGGCAGUGAGGGCUAUAUGUUUUUCUUUGUGCAUUUUUAUGUAUUGAAAUCCUUUUCAAACAACAUGUUCAUUUGAACUAACCACAUAUCAUAGUCAAGUAUACUUCAUCCUAAAGCUACCUCUGAUUCAGCCCAACUUGUUAGGAAAGCCUUCACAAAGCCUUGUUUGAUGACAACGUGGAGGUAACUGAAGAGUGGUAGAUAAAAGGAAGAGAUGAGGAGGGUCCUUGCUAUGGAAACUUUCCCCUAAUGUGGGACCAACUAAAGUGAAGUGUUCAAAAUGAGAACGGUUUUCUUAUAUGAUUUUACUUUUUGUUAGUUGGCCGGUUUUGGGUUUUGUUUAUUUUUGCAAGAGCCCCUUUUUUCUUUUCCUUUCUUUUCUGGGAAUAGGGGAAAGAAUGAAACAUGAAGCUUAAAACUUGAAGUGCUUUUUUCACGUCCUAUAUAGCAAAUCAAUAUUGUGGGAAUCUGUUUGGUUGAUUUUAAUAUUUUCGAGUCUAGUUACAAACCAAACAGAACUUUUGAAAAUGAGCUAUAUUUUCUUCAAAAAUGAUUGAUUUGAUCUUGUAUUUAUUUGUUUAUAGGAUAAUUUUGGUUUUCUUUUUUGUAAACUGCUUUGCCUGUUGUUAAUAUCUGUGAAAAAAGAACUUGAGUUCAUUUUGUUCACUUUUCAGUUUCCCCUAGUGUUUAUGUCAAAGGUCUCUUGUUCCUCAAAAAUACAGUCAGAAAACUCUUUCUACUCAAUAGUUAUCAGGGAAAGAUAAUUCUGACAUCUGUCAUUGUCACUGUAAUUCUGUAGUCUAUUAUUAUAGUGAAAAAUUCAGUUCUAUAGGCUAGCUGUAUUGUCACAAUUGUAUCACAGUUCAUAAUUAUUUUACAUGCAGUCCUGUUUAGAGGCCCUGUUAGAAUUGUCAUAACAGUCCCAUCUGUGUCAGUAAUUCUCUGAUGCAAGAACGGAUGGAGCAUUUUUGAGGUAACAGUGCUGAGCACUACUGUACUGGGUGCCAUAAACUCUUUACAAAUGGUAAUAUUAUAUAAAUUGAAAUCUGGUUCUGAAACUAUAUUGCAGCUUUCAACAGUGUGUUUGAAGGCCUCCUUUGUUAGUGAUUCUGUUAUGUGUAAAUCAUAUUCUUGAGUUUUUAAAAAGUAUAUGAAGAGUUGAUAAUAAUUCAUGGAGUAUAGUCAUAAAAUUGUAGUGAAAGAACUAAUGGUUUUAUUUUUUAGAACAAAGUCAUCUAAGCUACUGUUAAUUGAAUUGUUGCUAGAAGUAGAAACUAUAGUUUAGAAUAGGAUUGGCAUUUCUGUGAUUCUUGUUGCUUCUUGAUAUUUUCUCUUGUAUUUAUAUAUGUAGGAUUGAGGCAUUUUCUUUCAUGUAGCUUUAUCCUCUCGUAAAGAGCUGUUUAAAAAUUCCUGAUUUAACUGACUGCUUCAGGAUCAGCUUACAGAGUCUUGUUUUUAGGAUAGAAACAAAGUAAGUCAUACUUGGUAAAACACAGCAAAAUAAAAGACAACGUUAGAAUGGAGAACACUAGAACUCAAAAUCAGUAUAUUCAGAAUGAAAGCUUUGGAAUUCGUUUCCUGUUUGUAAAUCUAGAUUGAGAAGCAGAAUUGGUUAACAUUUAUGUAGAGAUACUGCAUUUUUUAAAGAUUUUAAGUGCUGGUUUCUUUGUAUUUUAAUCUUUGCAUUCAGCAUUCAGUAAUACUACCAAUAAAUGUAUUUAUAGUCUCUUAAUCACAA